AUGGCUACCAACUUCAGAGAGUGCGCCAAGCGAUUCGCAGAAAACUCAACACUCCGCGAAACAUGGGGUUGGCAUGGUAAGAUCAUCGGCAUCGAUUAUAACUCUACGACCCAGAUAUCCCGUGAAGGGUGCAUAUACCUUUGUGGUAACGGCGCGCAUUACUACCCGUGGAAAGACGUUUCAGGUGUAAUCACCACCUGGAUACUCCCAAUCAUCGGUGUUCUUUUGCAGGCACCUUUUGAGAGCAACGCAACUCAACGAACAUUGUUGGCCAUCACGCGAUGGGUUGGCUCGCCCAUCGCAUCGAUAUCCUACGUCCUAUGGAAUAUCAAAGUGUCUGCCAAGGCUGCCAUGAUGGUUGACAUGGCUGUCAAGUAUGACGAGACCCCCCAUCGCAAGACCGACUUCGGUAGCAUGCGAGACUCUAUGUAUCUCUUGCUGGUUAUGAAUCAGUACACGCUAAAGCCUACGGUCAUGUCGAAAGACCUUCAGAAAGAAGCCGAGGGCCUAUUGCGCAUCACGCUCUUUAGCAAAGACCUUGUGUUAACAGAUACCGACAAGACGCUCCGUCAAAUGAGACGCAUACUGGCCCGUGAGGUGCGUGAGAUGAGAAGAAGGGGGACCGUUCCGGUCUUUAUAUCCAUCAUGUGGUUCUUAUUCGCAUUUGCGCUUUCCAUUCAAGAUGCUUUCGGUGACCUGGGAAACAACUCAACCGCUCACGAUUUGGCAUUGGGCUGUUUGCUGGCCUGGUUCCCAGUUCUAAUUAUGGGCUCUAUUGUUGACCGCAAUCCCAUAGCAGCAGAAGCGAUCCGCAAAAAGCUCAGCACCUUGGUCGAUCACGUCCGUCACGCACUACGCGACAAGCAACAUCGCGACGAAUUCAUCAAGACUUUUAGAGAUCAACCAGACUACCAUGAGCUGAAGUGCCGUAUCGAGAGUGUGGCGGACAAGGGCGAGUACAUGGAAGAAUUCUUCGUGGAUUUCGCUGGCCAGGCGAGAAUUCGAUGGCAUUAUGGUGCCGCACAUGCAAUUCUCUCUGAUAUAGAAGACUGCUAUAUUGAGAGGAAAGGCCGUAAUUGGCUGGCUAAUGAGCGCGAAGCACGAGCAAGUCUUGUGUUGGGGCCUGUCAAUGAGGAAGGGUUGGUUUGGUUCGAUGUACGAGAGUUCUGGCAAGUGCUAAGUGCCAUCAUCAUCGUUGCUGGAAGUUGCGGAGGUGCAUUCAUCUUAAGUUACUUCACACCCACCGUUGGCCUCGGUUGCCGCAGUGGAGGAUACACCAUCUUCUUCGCUGUUGCAUUGGGCCUGCUUAUCGUCGAAAUGACCGUCUGGAUGUUCCUUUCGCCGUACGAGUUCGAUGCGCUAUGUUCGCCGUGGCUGGGUAGAGUUGGAAGUCGUCUACAUAGCCAUGUCACCUUUAAUCAUUGGGAGGACGAUGCACAGGCGAGCUGGGGAAGACUCAAGCGAAGAGCUUCGCGAAUGGUUGACGUUAUGAGCAGCCUUUUGAUCCGUUGUAUAGUCUCCAUGGUUCUUGUAGCGCCUUGGGUGAACAGAGGAGCCACCAGGGAAAAGUUUCAGAUAGCAUUGGAGAGGAAGAGAGCUAGUCUCCGUGAAAUGCCUCUCAAAAGGAGGUGGGAGCUCUUCUUUUUCCGGCCAGUAGAGACAUUCAACACCAUAUGGUUAAUAUACAUCGUCAUGGCGCAGGUCUUUGGUUGGUACAAAACUUGCGAUUGCAUGACCAGUAAUUGGGCUUGGGGAGGUGGAUACCUGGAUUUCAUAGAUCAGUCGAAUAGCCUGUGGGUCGCCUGGUGCUGGAUCUCCGGGACUGUCUUGACAGCAACAGUGAUGGGCUUAUCCAUGUUCUACAUCACUGUCGAGUGGUGUCAACAGUCCUUCCUAUCGACCGAAGAUUACGAAGACGCUAUGAAAGGACUGAGAAUGACACGAGCCUACCGGUCAUUGACGCUCUUCGCUCGCCGUACCUCUCGUGUUACAAUGAACCAGUUAGAAAAGCUUGCUCUUGCCAUUGGUUUGAUCAAGAAGCGUAAAAAGACGCUCAUGUGGACAAGGCAUCACACAUGGAAUCCGCUUGUUCCUCGCCGGACUUCCUCAUCAGGAAGAGACCAUCUCCGCGGAGCGCCGUCGAUUGAACUGACACCUUACGACAACGAUAGAGUGCCUGAUGUUGUCUUCGAAACCCCAGCAAUGGCUCACUCGUUGUUUCCACCAGCUAUUACACCACGUCGGACACGCAACGAGAGCGACGCCUCCCUCGAUCCACUUGACCUACCCGGUCGGCCCCGCACAAGCGGCGACUCUUCGACACCCCUUAUACAAAGGCCGUCGCAAGUAUAUCAGCAGAAUGAAGCAGACGGCCAUGUGAUCGGCGAAGAGCGCAGAAGCUCAGAGACUCCUCUCUUAGAAACAGGUCUGGUGCGUAGUAACGCACAGACAGGGCCACAUAUACAGGAUGCAGUGCAGAACCGGCAGGGCUAUCAUCGUGCACACUCGGAUCAGGGAUCUGCACUUCAGUCGAGAGAUACUGAACACGCUGGUUUGGGGAUAUCGUCUUCCUCGCAAGACCAUAACUACAGGUAG